AAGAACUUCUCACAGGACUUCCAGAGGGACAGGGUUGAACGCCUUCUCCACAUCUAAUCUGUUCUACUGCAGGCGGCACGUUGGCUCAGCUGAUGAACCCUUGACAUUAUUAUCGACGUUUUCUCUCGUCAUCCGGUCGCCAAGCAGCAACACAGACGUCGAAGUGAAGACAACCGACUUCGACUACAAUCUGCGGCACGGAAGCAUUCGCCAAAGGAAUGAAGCGAGACUGGAAAUAGAAGCGCCGAUGGUGUCGGAAGAAGAAGAAGAAACGGCGGCGACGGCGGGGGAAGUGGACGGCGCCGACCGGCCGCUGAUGUACAAAAUUGAGCGCCCCGUCUACGACGAGGCCCACGUCAGGUCCUGGCUUCUCCACCGCAAAGUGAAGACCACCAGGGCCUGGCAGAAGCUGACGCAGCAUUGCCAGUGUUCUUCCCAGCGGGCGAAGGCGGCGCUUCUCAGCUUCCUCCCGAUCAUCACAUGGCUGCCGAACUACCCAGUCCGGGAAUACCUGUUUCACGACGUGGUCUCGGGACUCAGCACCGGAGUCGUGCAGCUCCCUCAAGGUCUCGCUUAUGCUAUGCUGGCUGCUGUGCCUCCAGUUUAUGGUCUGUACUCAUCGUUUUACCCUGUCCUGCUCUACACUUUCUUCGGCACAUCCAGACACAUAUCCGUAGGCACCUUCGCAGUCAUAAGCCUGAUGAUCGGGAGCGUCGCGGUCCGGGAGGUGCCCGACUUCCACAGCCCAGCCAUCAACGGGACCAACCAGUCCGCCGCCUUGGGCGUGGCGGAUCGCGACGCCAGGAGGGUCCAGGUGGCUGUGGCGCUCACAACCAUGGUGGGAAUCAUUCAGGUCCUUUUGGGUCUGCUCCGCUUCGGCUUCGUGGCGAUUUACCUGGCGGAGCCCCUGGUGCGAGGCUUCACGACGGCGGCCGCCGUACACGUGGUGGUGUCUCAGUUGAAAUACCUGCUGGGGGUGAAGACCAAGCGUUUCAGCGGCCCGCUCUCUGUUGUAUUUAGCGUCAAGGCCGUGCUUAGUCACAUCACCCAGACUAACGUCACCACGCUCAUCCUGGGCCUCGUGUGUCUGGUCUUCCUGUACGGGAUCAAAGACCUUAACGAGCGCUUCAAAAAGAAGCUACCCAUCCCCAUUCCUGGGGAGAUUAUUGUCGUUAUCGUGUCGACCGGCGUCUCCUACGGGAUGACAUUGGCGGGUCAAUAUAACGUUGACGUGGUUGGGAAGAUACCGACUGAGCUUCUCCCACCUGUGGCCCCAGACUUCUCUCUGAUCCCCAGUUUGAUCACCGACUCCUUCGCCAUUGCCAUUGUUGGCUUCUCCAUGGGAAUCUCGCUGGCCAAAAUUUUUGCCCUGAAGCACAACUACACGGUGGACAGUAAUCAGGAGUUGAUCGCCUUCGGCCUGUGCAACUUCGCCAGCUCUUUCUUCCAAACGUUCACCAUCACUUGUUCCAUGUCGAGGAGUCUGGUGCAGGAGAGCACGGGGGGCAAAACGCAGAUUGCGGGGCUGUUGGGGUCUCUCUUGGUGCUGCUGGUGAUCGUCGCCAUUGGUUUCGUCUUUGAGCCGCUCCCGCAGACGGCAUUGGCGGCCAUCAUCAUGGUCAACCUGCUGGGGAUGUUCAAACAGUUCCGCGACAUCCCAGCUCUGUGGCGCACCAGCAAGAUUGAACUGGCCAUCUGGUUGGUGACGUUUGUGGCAUCCGUGCUCUUGGGCUUGGAUUACGGCCUUCUCUCGGCCAUCGCUUUUGCUUUACUGACAGUCAUCUACAGAACACAGAGUCCCAAAAAUGCUGUCCUCGGGCAGGUUCCCGGCACAGGACUUUACUACGAUGUGGAUGAAUACGAAGAGGCGGCGGAAUGCGAGAGCAUAAAAAUUUUCCACUCCAACUCUUCCAUCUACUUUGCCAACAGUGACCUUUAUGUGAGCGCUCUGAAACAAAAGACGGGUGUAAACCCGGAACAAAUACAAGCUGCCAGAAAAGCUCAGAAAAAAGGGAAGGCUAACAGCUGUGUGACGCGUUUGCCGAAGAGACACGCUGAGGACAAGGAACGAGGUACGACGCAUGAGGUUCUGUCCUUCGGCAAAACCGCGGGGGAGCAGACAAAUGGCAGUCUGGGAGAAGGUCUUCGAGAGACCGAUUCCGAGGAGGUUACCUUCCUUCAGUCUUGCAGCUCCGUCCACUCCAUCAUCCUGGACUGGACCCAGGCUGCCUUUAUUGACUCUGUGGGAGCCAAAGCCAUCAAGCAGGUCAUUAAGGAGUACGCAGCAGUAGAUGUUCGAGUUGUCAUCGCCGGAUGCAACAGAAGUCUGCUGUCUGAUCUGGACCAGUUGCAGUUCUUCGGCGGCGUGACGAGCCCCGAGAUGGUGUUCCCCACCCUUCAUGACGCCGUGUUGCACUGUCAACGUUCCCCGCCCAAUCUCUCCAUCUGAUGACGACCGGGACGGUCAUUCAAAUUGAAUAUGGCGUCUUUUGCGCUGUCGUGAAGCACUCGAGGGCUUGUGCGAAUGCCCGAGGAUUGAAACGAAUCCAUCCUCAAGACAAACCUGCUUGUUGUUAACACUGCGUUGUCGUGUACGUGCUGGAUAUAUUUGCAGUAUCGGUUGAACAGAGAUUUGUUGUUUCCUAAAUGCAUCUCAAGUAAAAGUCUAUUUUCAAGAA